AUGGCGAGCCGCGGCGGGGCCAGACAGGGGCUGCCCGAGGCGCGGCGCAGCAUCGGCCCCGCUGACGGCAUUGCGGUCCCCCCGCAGCCCAAGGGCGCCCUUGUGCCCCUGGAGCCCGCCCUGCUGUGGAAGGUGUGGCGGCCUGGCUUCUGCGGCGUCAUGCGGCUCCUGGAGUGGUUCGAGGUGCCCAAGGGCUUUGCGCUGCUCAUGGAGCAUCCGCAGCGCUGUCAGCACCUCUGGUACUUCCUGCACGAGUGGCGGUUCCUGACGGAGCCCAUGGCGUGGGGGCUGCUCCGCCAGGUGCUGGAGGCCAUGCGGUGCCGCAGCAGCCGCGGUGUCCUGCUCCGCCACAUCAAGGCUGAGAACGUCCUUGUCCACCUGGCCACAGGUGAGGUGAAACUCCUCGACUUUGGCUGCAGCACGAUCCUCCAGGACACGUUCUACACCCAGAUGUCAGGAACAUCAGAGUACAGCCCACCAGAGUGGAUCCUCUUCGGCUGCUACCAUGGCCAGCCAGCCACCAUCUGGUCCCUGGGCAUCCUGCUAUGA